AUGAUUUUGGGGCGGCGCGGAGUGGGGCCAGCUGCGGUGGCGGGCGGCGGGGAGACCGGGGAGCCGGGCUUGCAGCGCGGAGCGGCCGCCCAGGCCAAGGCCAGCGAUUCUCGGCCUGGCCUAGGAGAUGAUGGGCCUGGGAAACGGGCGUCGGACCAUGAAGUCGCGCCCUUCGUGCUGGCUGCCCUGGUGGCCUGCAUCAUCGUCCUGGGCUUCAACUACGGGAUGGCGAACUCCCGCGGCGUGGACCUCCAGACGCGGAUCCUGGAGCUGGAAGGCAGGGUGCACAGGGCGGCCGCCGAUGGGCACGGUGGAGCUGAAGGAGGAGUUCCAGGGGGAGCUGGGGAACAGCCGGACAAGAUCCAGUCCAGCCACAACUUCCAGGUGGAGAGCGUCAACAAGCUGCACCAGGAUGAAAAGGCGGUUUUGGUGAAUAAUAUCACCGCGGGCGAGAAGCUCACCAGAACCCUGCAAGACCAGCUGAAGGCCCUGCAGAACUACGGCAGGUGCAGCAGCGUCCUCCAGUUCCAGAAGAGCCAGACCAACCUGGAGAGAAAGUUCUCCUACGACCUGAGCCAGUGCAUCCAUCAGAUGAAGGAGGUGAAGGAGCAGUGUGAGGAGCAGAUAGGAGAAGUCACCAAGAAGGGGAACGAGGCUAUGGCUUCCAGAGACCCGAGUGAACACAAGGAACCAAGCCAGCAGCUCCGAGCUCCCAGCGAGCCUCAGCCAAGGCUGCAGGAAACAGGCCUGCCCCCGGCAGAGGUGCCACAAAGGAAUAUGCCCAGUAACAACGAACCCCAGACGCCAGUCCCCGGUUCUGAGGCAGCUUUGGAUUUGAGGAGGGAGGGUGAGAAAGAGGAAACCAAUGACAUCCAGGUCCUCAGCGAGGAGGCGCUUCGGAGGGACGGCCAGGCCCUGCUACAGGAGCCAGACCACAAGCAGCAGGCUGUGGAGGCAGACAGACAUGCGGAUGGAAGAGGCAUGGGAGAUGCUGAAGACCUCGGCCAAACCCAACGAGUGCCAGCCAUCCUGCUGAUGAGCCAGGAAGACCAGGAGGUGGAGGAGCCUGAGCAAGACCAGCUUGUGGUGCGGGAUGGACAGGGGGAGGAGCCGGAUGCUGAGGAGGAAGGGAGAAAGGAGCAAAAAGUGGGAGGAGAUGAAGACUACAAUAAGGAUGAAAAUGAGGCAGAAUCUGAAACAGACAAGCAGGCAGCCCUUGCAGGGAAUGACAGGAACGUAAAUGUUCUUAAUGCAGAAAAUCAGAAAAGAGAAGAUAAAUUUACUUGA